AUGUCUGCCCCCCAUCCGACCAUUCCUGUGUCCGAUGUAUUGCCCCGGGCCGCUGCACUGACAAAUUGGGAGAAGACAAAGAACCGAAGAUUUAAUUGGCUCGUGCAGUGCAUCGCCGAGGCCACCGGAACCUUCUUGUACACCUUCGCUGGAGUAGGCGCGACGGCGGCUUACGUUUUGGGGAAAAUUAGCAAAACCGAUGGCCUUGGCAGUACGUACUCUACAUGCAAAAGUAGGAGUCUCCUUCAAGUCGGAAUCGCCUACUCCGUUGGCACAGUCCUGGCCAUUACAACUUGUGUCGCAAUUUCAGGCGGUCAUUUUAACCCAGGCUUGACCAUCCACGCUGUCGUCUUCAGAGGCUUCCCCAUUUCAAAGGCCCUUAGGCGAGUGCUCAUAGUAGCCCAGGUAUUGGGCGCGUAUAUUGCGUGUCUACUUGUUUACGCGCAGUACAAGCAACUUGUUGACUCCGCCGUUGAUGGUCUGAAGGCGGCCGGCGUAUACGAGAGUGAGAUGUUCACCCCGGACGGCCCUGGCGGGAUUUUUGGUCUAUACGUGACCCCAGGGUCGAACCUCGGAUACGUCUUCCUCAACGAGUUCGUCUGCGAUUUCGUUUUGGGCUUCUGCAUAUUCGGGGUACUCGACCCCUCCAACCACCUCGCGACCCCGACGACGAUGCCGUGGUUGAUCGCCCUAGCAUAUGGCGUAAUAGUAUGGGGCUUCGCUCCAGUCGGCGUCGCUGCCAACGCCGCACGCGACCUUGGCGGUCGCUUCGCCGCCCUAACGUUGUUUGGGAAAGGGGCGGGCGGUGGUGCCUACGCCGCCCUCGCCGCCCUCACGAACAUCCCCGCAAUCCUUCUCGCGGGGCUCUUCUACGAGGUCGUCUUCGCUGACCAUACACGAGGUGCGUGCCCGACCUGUCCAUCACCUAAGAUCUCGCUGAUUGGCCUAUUGCCGGACAGCCAUCAACCCUGA